AUGAAUCUACCGUACUUCAUCCAUUGCAACACGACGCGCCUCCAACUGCUCAACGUGUUCGUCACCGCGUGUCUUCUCUUCACCAUGGGCUAUUUCAUCGCUAACGAUGUCUAUCCGGAGCACACCUGGCGGUUGAUUAUCGUGAUGCUGAUUGGGAUAUUCGCCGCGGCGCCCGUCGGAUUGACUGUCCGGAAUUUAAGAUGGUGUCUGGAUCGGAAGUAUCGAGAGCUUGGGGAGUAUGGAAAGACGCGGAGGAAUAUGAUGAUUUGGACUGGCGGGAUUUCGGUGAUUGGCACGAUUCAUUUGGUGGUGGUAUAUGCAAUGGAUAUGAAUGUUCCGCUCUUCAUCUCCACCCAAUUUCUCACCAGCUUCUUCACCCUUCUCCACUCGCUCUGCAUGAUCUACGGCAUCCCAAUGUGCAACAUCCGUCUCUCCCUUCACACCGACGUCGUCGUCCACCAUUUCCUCAUCCACAUCUGUGUCUUCAUCGUCUUCGUCAUCUCCUUCUACGUCCUGACUCCUCGAUUCACCUGGUACCCGGUCAUCUAUCAUGUCUAUUAUGUUUAUGUCUAUGGCGGGAGUAUGGUAGAUUUCCAGUUGGUGUACACUGCAAACUUUGGUAUGGGAAAUAAGGAGGGCGGCGCUCCGUUGACGUUCUAUGAUAUGCAUGUGGAUACGGACGAUGAGACACCAAGACGCACGCCGAGACAGGUGCCGGCCAGAGCGGAGCCAGCGAGAGCGGAGCCAGAGCCACAACAGGAGCAACCGAGUACUUCAGGAUCUUCAGAAUCUUGCAAAAUCUGCCAUGCCCAACUCCAGAACACCUCUCAAGUCUGCUUCAUAAAACGCCAAUGUGACCAUGUGAUCUGUCUGAGCUGCUCGAAAAAGAUAUCAUCUGACAAGGAUAAGAAUACGGCGUCCUGGCAGUGCCCGUAUUGCAAGUUGCUCGCCGUUGUUAAUGGAAACGGCCCCCAACGUGAGAAGGAUGAGGCAAGGAAGCAGUUGGCAGGUGGCGACAAGCCGACGACUUCAGAGAAUUGCUAA